AUGGGCGGUCUGUGCUCGACGGAAACCUAUUUGCUCGACAAGGAGACCUAUAAGAAGCAGGUGAUUCCGAGUCCCCUUUCUCAGAAAACUAACUUAAACAUCAUCGAUUGCAGGUGGAGCAGAACAAGACGAUCGAGAAUGCGCUGGAGCAGGACCGCAAGGUCAAGAUUCUCAAAUUGCUUAUUCUGGGUCCUGGAGAAUCGGGAAAGAGCACGACGAUCAAGCAAAUUAAGUGAGCUUCUACUCACCAAAAAGUGACGUGGUAUCAUUAUUUUCCUUCAGAAUUAUUCACGAUACAGGCUAUUCGACAGAAGAGAAACUCGUCCGACGACACGGAAUUUACAUGAAUAUUCUGGAGGGCAUCGAGGAACUUCAUCUGGCAGUCGUUAGGGAGAAUAUGACCUACAGGAAUCCAAUGUCUUUUGUAAGUUAUUGUGAUUCUGGCCAUCACUCACAUUUUUCGUUUCAGGACCACAUCCAAGAAGUUCGGCAGUUCACCGAGAACUUCAAAAAGUCAGAAGGCGGCGAUAAAUCGUUAGGCGCCGAAGUGAUCAAUGCCAUUCAAAAGUGAGCAGUUAUCCAAGAAUAACACAUUCCUCAAUCGAAACUUCCAGAUAUGUGAAGGAUGAGACCGUAACCGUGAUGCUCAGGGACAAAACUGUUUACAAUAUCGAUGAUUCCACUAUUUAGUGAGUUAAUCUGACCUAUUCCAUACAAUCAAACACAAAUUCUCUACAGUUUUCUGGAUAACUUCUCACGGAUCAUCGAGAAAGAUUAUCUUCCGACAGAGGACGACAUUCUGAAGAGCAGAGUGCCGACUUCGGGAGUUAUCCAGUACAAGAUCAUGCUCAAGAACUUCAACUUUAAGUGAGCGUACCGUAUACUGUACCUACCGUAUCCACUGUGUUCAGAAUCUUCGACGUCGGCGGUCAGCGAGCGCAACGGAGGAAAUGGCUGCACGUGUUCGAUGACGUGCACGCUGUCCUCUUCAUCACUUCGCUUUCGGAGUACGAUCAGAUGCUGAGAGAGGACUCCACUGUGGUAUCUUUGAAAUGUUCUUCUGUUCUCCGUUCUCAAAAGCGCAGUUUAGAAUCGGAUGAAAGAGUCGUUGAAUUUGUUCGAGAAGAUUUGCAACGGGAGGUACUUCUACAGCACCGCAAUGAUUCUGUUUCUCAACAAGAUCGACUUGUUCGAGAUCAAAAUCAAGCACAUCAAUAUUGACGUGGCACUGACCAGUUAUAAAGGUAAGAUUCUGGGACCGAAUUGAUGAAUUAGUCCUCACCGAUUCACUUGUAGGACCGCAGACGCGUGACGAUGCUCUCGAUUACAUCAGAAGACGAUUCAUUUCGUUGAACAAGAACAAGAAGCGCUCGAUCUAUGAGCAUGUGACUUGUGCCACCGACACGGAGCAGAUUCAGGUACGGCAAUGCACUUGAGACAAUAAUACGGCAAUUACCCUCUUCAGGUAGUCAUAGAUUCGGUGAUCGACGUGGUCAUUCAGCACACGAUGCAGAAAGUGGGAAUUCAGUAG